CGGCUCUGAGGAGAUGGUAUAACCCACUUCCGGAGUUCCACCCUCCCUCCCCGCCUCCGGCCGCGGGAAAUCUCGCGAUGGAGGGAGGAGGCGGGAAGCCCCCGGAAGUACUUGAAGAAAGUCCGUCAGGAUGGGGUGUGCCUCCCGGCCCUGGAGCCAACGGUGUGAAGAAACGCAGCUGGGGGUUCUUACUCACUGGGGUUGUUGGUGGGACACUGGUGGCCAUGUACGCCGUGGCCACCCCGUUUCUAACACCGGCCCUCCGAAAAAUUUGUUUGCCGUUCGUACCCGCAACUACAAAGCAGAUCGAAAACGUCGUGAAGAUGCUUCACUGCAGAAGAGGACCCCUGGUUGACAUCGGCAGCGGCGACGGUCGUGUUGUGAUAGCAGCUGCAAAGGAAGGAUUCACCGCUGUUGGUUAUGAGUUAAAUCCAUGGCUAGUGUGGUACUCCAGGUACCGCGCUCGGCGAGAAGGGGUGCAGGACUCUGCCAAAUUUUAUAUCUCAGAUUUGUGGAAGGUUACCUUUUCGCAGUACACAAACGUUGUUGUUUUCGGUGUGCCCCAGAUGAUGCCGCGCUUGGAGGAGAAACUUGAGCUUGAACUGAAAGAUGACGCCAGGGUCAUUGCUUGCCGGUUCCCUUUCCCUCGCUGGACCCCAGACCACGUCACCGGGGAGGGGGUGGACACCGUGUGGGCGUACGACCUGCGCACGCUGCGAGGCAGGAGGCCCUGAAGACCUUCCAGUUGGUUGCGCGAACGUAGACUUUACAGAGAGUGGUUUCCCGAGGGACGGUGUCUUCGGUUUGGCAGAGAUGUACGGCUGUGUCUUCAGGAAAGAGUAUUUUUCUACGGUGUGGAAUGAAAAACCAUUACUUUGCUUAACUUCUGGAAAACAAACAGAAGUUCAGAACAGCAGGUAGAUUUAAAGUCCCUUCCACGACAUAUUCAAAAAGUGGCCUUCCUUUCCAUGCGCUCAGAUGUAUGAAAAUAUGGAUGUGACAGUCAGCAUCGAUGGGCGGGAAAGAUGGGGACAGCUCCUCAUGUUGUAAAAAGUAGGAUUUAAUGCCAGAGAUGAACAGAAAUGCUUUUUAAAGAGGCUCUGUAGUAGCAAGUAUUUGCAGUUUCCUCUGACUUAUUUAUAGUGAACGUUUGUCUUUCUUUUCUGUACUUCAUGGCAAAGUUAAUGUUCUUAAGGACUUAGGCCCUCGUGUUUUAUAACUGCUCAGAAAUAAUUUGUUCCGAGCCCGGUGGCUUCCUGUGUCUUCUUAGAUCUGAGAUGCAUGUGUGUGUGUGAAUGUGUGUGUAGACACACACAUCCGAACAUUUCUGACGUCAUGACGUACCUUCCAGUUGACGGUGUUUCGUGUCUGUGGUUGGCAGCCUUGCAUGUCACAACGUGCUUGUAGCUGCCACCGGUGGGGUCUCGGGUGUGAGGAAGUGAGGUCGGAGGCGAUGCCCGAUGCAGCGGAGUUGGUGGGAACAACAUAGGCCGUCGUGAGCUUGGCCGCCGCCACACCCAGGAUCGCGUCCCUGCUCGGUACCUGCCUUGCGCCGGUCACGUGGCCUCCUGUAGCCUUGCUUUCCCGAGUGCCCUGAGCAGCUGUCAGCAUGAUGGUGCCCGAACAGGGGACUCUUUUUGUACAACUCAUGACACCAAGUCUUUGGUCUGUAAGUGGUAUUUGUUAUUCCAGAUACUAAAGAAAGGUUUAUUCACAGAAGUUACAGAUUAUUUUUGCUACUCACGUCUUUAUCUUAUGAAAGUAGCUGCUUGUUUAGUAUUCUCGUUUCUAAGAAGAGACCUGACUGAUUUAGAUGAAGACAAAUUAAGGAAAACCUCUGAAUGUGAAUAGACCGCCUUCAUGUAUCUGAAAAGUUAUUAUAUUAAACGGCAGCUCGAAUAAUCCCC